GGGCGUGGUGACGAAUAAAUCAGGGGACGACAGUACGCUCCAUGCUCUUCUGUGAACGUGGCCUCGCGGACCAUACAGCAAAGACUCAUGCAGCACUGCCUCAACUUGACCAUUGCCCGAUACAGCACGCUCCUCUUGAAGUAUAAAUUGCCAUCUGUUCACCAGUCAGCAGCCAUGUCAAAUCUUCUUAUUAGCCAGCCCAAAUACACUUGGCUAAAGGAGCUGGGUCUCUCUGAGGACAACCCCGGUGUUUACAAUGGCAGCUGGGGAGGCAGUGGGGAGGUUAUCACGUCAUACUGCCCCGCCAACAACGAGCCAAUUGCCAGAGUAACCCAAGCUACAAUGGCGGAGUAUGAAGAAACUGUUCAGAAGUCAAAAGAAGCCUGGAAGAUAUGGGCGGAUAUUCCUGCUCCCAAAAGAGGGGAGAUCGUCAGGCAGAUUGGAGAUGGGCUGAGAAAGAAAAUCAAAGUUCUCGGGAGUUUGUUGUCUCUAGAAAUGGGAAAGAUAUAUGUUGAAGGGGUGGGAGAAGUUCAGGAAUAUAUUGACGUGUGUGAUUAUGCUGUCGGUCUGUCAAGAAUGAUUGGUGGGCCUGUCCUGCCUUCAGAAAGACCGGGCCAUGCCCUGAUCGAACAGUGGAACCCAGUUGGUCUUGUCGGCAUCAUCACCGCCUUCAACUUCCCUGUGGCUGUCUACGGCUGGAACAACGCCCUAGCUCUUAUGUGUGGCAAUGUCUGCCUGUGGAAAGGAGCGCCAACAACACCACUUACAAGCGUGGCUGUUUCAAAGAUUGUCACUGAGGUGCUGGAGCAGAACAACCUUCCAGGUGCCAUCUGUUCCAUGACAUGCGGAGGAGCUGAUAUUGGCACGGCCAUGGCUAAGGACGAGCGGGUGGAUCUGUUGUCUUUCACCGGCAGCACUCAUGUUGGCAAGAUGGUGGGCAUGAUGGUCCAAGAAAGGUUCGGCCGCAAGCUGCUGGAGCUCGGUGGAAACAAUGCUAUCAUUGUUUUUGAGGAUGCCGACCUUAAUCUGGUAGUCCCCUCUGCGGUGUUUGCAUCUGUCGGAACCGCUGGCCAACGCUGCACUACCACGAGAAGGUUAAUGCUGCAUGAGAGCGUCCAUGACACAUUGAUUGAGAGGAUCACCAAGGCCUAUAAGCAAGUCCGCAUUGGAGAUCCCUCGGACCCCAGCACCAUGUAUGGGCCUCUGCACACUAAACAAGCAGUGGAGCAGUACUUAUCUGCAAUUGAGAAGGCCAAGCAGCAAGGCGGCACUGUCGUCUGUGGAGGAAAAGUGAUGGACCGUCCAGGAAAUUAUGUGGAGCCCACCAUCAUCACCGGGCUGGCUCACGACGCUCCAGUUGUCCACACGGAAACGUUUGUCCCCAUCCUCUACGUCCUCAAGUUUAAAACCGAGGAGGAGGCAUUUGCGUGGAACAACGAGGUGAAACAGGGCCUGUCCAGCAGCAUCUUUACCAAGGAUCUGGGACGGGUUUUCCGCUGGCUCGGACCUAAAGGGUCCGACUGUGGCAUCGUGAACGUCAACAUUCCAACAAGCGGUGCUGAAAUCGGAGGGGCCUUCGGUGGAGAAAAACACACAGGAGGAGGCAGAGAGUCUGGAAGUGACUCUUGGAAGCAGUACAUGAGGCGCUCAACCUGCACCAUCAACUACAGCAAGGAUCUUCCUCUUGCACAGGGAAUCAAAUUUGAGUGACACCUGUGGCUGCUUGUUGUUUGUUCAGAAACUGAACAGCAAUGAAUAUUAUGACAACUUUUGUCUUUGCAUCUGGGAAUUAGAAAAGGUCAACGUUUGGGGGAAAAAAAGUAAUAGUCGUGUAUUAUGUAAGUCUAUUGCUAUGGGUUUAGAUAUGAAUCAGGAAUUUGAAGUAUGUGGGCACUUAGCAAACCUGAAAAGGUUUUGAAUGCGUCUAUCAUUAUGUUGAUUUUGCAGUUAUGUACCAGCACGUAGAAAUUCAGUUUCUGUGCUAAGUGACUGUACCGGAUACUUUAAUCUCUUAAAAUAAAAUAAACCUUUUAUUCUGGCAUAAACAA